GGCCUGUCUGCGUCCCAUGGACCUGCAUCCCUGCCGUCGUCUUCUUCGUAUGGAAGUUUGCCAAGCCGAUGCUCCCUGCGGACUGGGCUGCGGCCAUCGAGAGACAGGCGGCCAAGCUCUGGGCGCUCCUGGCACCCUACAUGGAGAAGGUUCCUUUUCUGGGGAAGAAGAAGAGCUCGAAGGCAAAUGGCUCGAAUGGCUCGACGGAGCCGGUGCGAUCAGGGGAGGUGGGUCACCUGGCAUCUGCGGAGCAGCUCCAGGCGCUGCUGCAGCGCUCGAAGGAGGAGUCCUUCGGCGUCGUCCUGGACUUCACUGCAUCCUGGUGCAAGCCCUGUCAGGCAAUCAAGCCCAAAUUCCAGGCCCUGGCGGCCAGCUACCCGCGCCAUGUGUUCUUGGAGGUCAAUGCUGAUGAGCUUGAAGACGUCGUAACCCGCUGCGCAGUGAUGGGCCUUCCCACCUUCCAAGUCUACGUGGCAGGCGAGCAGGCUGGAUCCAUCACAGGGGCCGACGAAGCGAAGCUGACGACGCUCAUCAGCAGUGCACUGGGCACACCUUCGACAGACGCCAAGAAAGCGCAGUGA